AUGGGUUACGAUUACGCGCUGGUGCACAUCAAGUACACCAUCCCUCUAGCAGGGCUUCUCACCUUCUUCUCAUACCCGCUCUUCACCCGCCUCGAUGUCGUGAAGACGCUCUUCAUCGUCACCAUCGCCUUCGUGGCCACCAUCCCUUGGGACUCAUAUCUCAUCAGAACCGGCAUCUGGACCUACCCACCCAACGCCAUCCUCGGCCCUACCCUCUUCAGCAUACCCUUGGAAGAGCUCUUCUUCUUCAUCAUCCAGACCUACAUCACGGCCCAGCUCUACAUUAUCCUCAACAAGCCCGUCCUGCACGCCCAAUACCUCAACUCGCCAGCUACCCUCCCCAAAUGGAUCAAGAGCGGAAAGACCGUCGGCCAGGGUGUUCUUGCCGGCAGCAUUGCGCUUGGCGCCUGGCUCAUCGCAAAGGAGGGUGAGGGAACGUACCUUGGCUUGAUCCUCGUGUGGGCUUGCUCCUUCGCCCUCUUCAUCUGGACUAUUACCGCCCAGUUCCUUCUGGCGCUUCCGCUGACAUGCACUGUCCUCCCCGUGAUCCUUCCCACAGUCUACCUCUGGGUGGUGGACGAGAUGGCGCUGGGACGUGGCACAUGGGCCAUUGAGAGCGGCACCAAGCUUGAGUUCAAGCUCUUUGGCAGUUUGGAGAUUGAAGAAGCUGUGUUCUUUCUGGUGACGAACAUUCUCGUUGUUACUGGUAUUGGCGCUUUCGACAAGGCUGUUGCCGUCUGCGAUGCCUUUCCCGACAUCUUUGACAAGCCGGCCGAUGCUUUGUCCAUGUCUUUGCUGCGCGCCAGAGUGCUUCCCUCGUCAAAGUACAACAUGCAGCGCAUCCUGGGCAUCCGCCAAGCAGUGGGCAGACUGGCAAAGAAGAGCCGCAGCUUUCAUCUCGCCAGCUCUGUCUUCCCUGGCCGUCUGCGCAUUGACCUGACUCUGCUCUACUCCUACUGCCGCCUAGCCGACGACCUUGUUGAUGAAGCAGCAAACCCUCAAGAAGCAGCCAUCUGGAUUGCCAAGCUCGACCGCCACCUGGCUCUGCUCUACAAAGAUCCAGACUCCUCCUCGGCCCCUCUCGCCUCCCAGUAUGCGGCAGAGAAUUUUCCCGCGUCAGCUCUCUCCGCCCUGGACCUACUGCCCGCCAACCUCAUUCCCCGGGAGCCCUUGGCAGAGCUGCUCAAGGGCUUCGAGAUGGACCUCCAGUUCAGCACGAACAGCUUCCCCAUCGCAACCCCGGAAGACCUCGAGCUCUACGCCGCCCGCGUCGCCAGCACCGUCGGCCAGUCCUGUUUGGAACUCGUCUUCUGCCACUGCAAACACUCACUGCCGCCGUACAUGCAAGCCUACCUGCGCAACACGGCGCGCCAGAUGGGUCUCGCGCUGCAGUUUGUCAACAUCGCCCGCGACAUCGCCGUCGACGCCAAGAUCGGCCGCGUCUACCUCCCCACCUCCUGGCUCAAGGACGAGGGCCUCUCGCCGGAGGACGUCCUCAGGGACCCGCGCAGCGAGGGCGUCGCCAACGUGCGCCGCAAGAUCCUCGCAAAGGCGUUCGAGCACUACGGCGAGGCCAGGGAGUCGAUGAAAUGGAUUCCCUCGGAGGCGCGCGGCCCCAUGGUCGUCGCCGUGGAGAGUUACAUGGAGAUUGGCCGCGUGCUGGUCCGCAACGGCAACGCUGCGGCGGCGGACGGAACGGGACGGGCCACUGUGCCCAAGUCGCGACGGGUUUGGGUUGCUUGGAGCACGCUGAUGGCGGCUUGA